GUCCUGCCGCUGGCUACCGCUCUGCCCCCUUCGUGGGCGUGACGGGGGCGGCCCAAGGCAACACGAUCCAGAAGACCGACCCGGAGAAGCUGGAUCUGCAGACGCUCAGGAUUGCUAUGCCUCGGGCGUUUCUCGCCCCUGAAGUGUGGAAGGUAGGCAGGAACAAGUCCGGAACGGUUUUCCUGAGCGUGGCGGACUGGAAGAACCUUGCGGUCAACACCUAUGACUGGACGUCUCAGCACGCCGGCGAAGGCAAGGACAAGCAGGUGGUGGCCAUCUUUGGGUUCGCCCAGGUCCUGCGGGAGAAGGUCCCUGAGGCUCUGGCGAGCAGCGGAAAGCACGGCCUCUUCGUCGAGCAGCUGGUGCGCUUUCAUGGCCGCCCUCGGGUGGAAUGGUACUACCAAAGGGACGGGGAGGGCGACCCGGAGUACCUCGACCGCGUGCUAGGCCGACGGCUGCGGCUGGACGAGCAGCCCGAGACGAAAUCAGGCCAGUACAGCUGGUACGGGACCCCACGGGUGUGGUCAGCGCCGGACGUCGUGUCCUUCAUGGUGGACCAAAACUGGCGCGACGUCCGCGUCCUCGACCACCCGGCCCGGGGAAAGGGCUGGCUGGUCACCGGCACCCCGCCGGCUGAGGAGAAAGCAUGCCAUGGGUACCAGAAUGGAGACCGCAUGAUCACGGUCAGCCGGGUAGCGAAGGCUCCGAUGGCGCCUCAGAUGCAGCCCAUCCGGGAGGCGGGGAGGCGA